GUGGAAAAAGUAUCUAGUCCUCUCUCACAUGAAUCAAGUGGGUUCUUCUCUUUCACCGAAGUAUUCCACCAGGAGAGUUUCUGCUCCCGAUGGAUGUUGCCCUUCGCCCUCCUGUCUUUGCAUUCAAGUAAGAGACACCCAAAAUUGUGUAACAGGGCACUUUUGUAGAGAAUUGAAAACUUUAGGCAUGUGUAACAGGCCAAAUGUGACCAUAAUGACGUCAUACUUGGGUUGAUUUUGGGGAACUUCAACUGUAAUUUUUUUUUGCUUUUGGCACUAUUUACUCUCUGCAGAUUUUGGGAGUUGUUUCCCCCUAUUGCAGUACCCAACCCACACUUAUCCUUUUUCUUCUUCCCACUCGUUCUAAUUUGCAGCAAGUAGAUCAUAAGUAAAAACUCGUAUCUUUGCAUCAGUAGAGUUCAAGGUAAUGCUCUCUCUACUUAGAUAUGUGUUGUCUAUUAGAACCUUGUCCCUUGUCACAUGCCCCCGGUGGGCACAUGCUCCCUCCACUAGCUAGCUAGUUCACUGACUCCUAGCUGUGUUUGACUCAACCAGUUAUUGUUUAUAAAUCUGAAUUCUGUGUUUAAAAGGUGUUCAUUCAGGGUCAAUGCGAAUUUAGAAGAUUGAUGGCAAAUAAGCCAAUAUUAACUUACUGAUGACAAAGUUCUAUUUUUGAAAUGAUUUUGGGUGUUUUAGCACGUUCCUCGUGACUUGAUAGACUUUUUAUUUAGCAGGUUUCACACAUGGUCAGAGAUGGGGAUGAAGUUGAGUGCACUAUAUCAGAGUUGCAACCUCUAAAGGCUGAACCAGAAGAUAUACCUUUGGAUAUUGUCCAUGAAGACGAGCACGUGCUAGUUGUUAACAAACCUGCACACAUGGUUGUUCAUACAGCACCUGGCAAUGCAACUGGAACUCUUGUUAAGGAAUUCUUCACCAUUGCAGUCUUUCCACAUUUGCGUUUCCUAAUCAAGAAGUACUGUCCGAUCGAGAUGGAGGAAAUUUCUGACGAUGGGUUUAGUUGCUUUUCCCCUGGUCAUAGUGGUGAUGAAGAUGUAAGUUCUGCCAUAUUUGCGGCAUCAGUUCGCCUAGGAAUUGUCCAUAGACUAGAUAAAGGCGCCAGUGGAUUGCUUCUUGUUGCAAAGGAUGAGCAAUUCUCAUUCUCACUUAGCUGAACAAUUCAAGCAACACACAAUCCACCGAGUAUACAUCAGCCUACCAUGUGGAGUGCCCUCCCCACUAUCAGGAUUGCUCGAAUGACAUUUCAACAAGCUUACAGUAUAGGAAAUUUUCAAGUAAAGAACUCAAUAUGCUGGUUAGCUUGUCCAUGGCUACCUUUGGAAACAUGGACAUCUUGGUACUAUAUGAAUUCAUUGUAAUUUUUGCAACCCUUUCAUGUAAUUUGUGUUUUUCGGGUUGUUUCCAAAGUUGUAAUGAAUACUUGCCCCAUUGAAUGAAUUUGUUUAAUUA